CCUUGCCGACCUCCCGGCUGCUGUCCUGCCGCCUCCUACUACCCUGCGGUGCCUGCUCCAACCCGUUAGCCCUCCACUUCCUCAGCCCAACAGUGAAUCCUCCUGGGCGGCGGGCCCCACGCCCCCCACCCCGGAGACGCCCUUUCCCUGUGCGCCCGAGACUUGGAGAAACUUUGCGGACGCCGCCACUGAAAUGGAUUUAAUACAAGAUGUCUUGCUCCGGCUCUUGCUCCUGGCUUCCAGCCUUCAACCCUGCGCUGAGUCGCUCCGGGCAGCUCUCCGAAAAUCAGGCAAGGUAGGGCCUCCUCUUGACAUCAAGCUGGGAGCAUUGAACUGUACAGCUUUCAGCAUCCAGUGGAAAAUGCCGCGGCAUCCUGGGAGCCCCAUCAUUGGGCACACUGUCUUUUACUCCGAGGUUGGUGCAGACAAAUCUCAGCAGGAGCGGUCUCAUCGUGUGCCUCUGAGCCGGGCCACCCACUCCACAGAGGAAGUGAUUGGAGAUUUGAAAUCGGGCACUGAAUAUCAAGUGAGCAUAGCAGCUUAUAGCCAGGCUGGCAAAGGGCGGCUCAGCUCACCUCGCCAUGUUACCACUUUGUCCCAAGAUUCCUGUCUGCCUCCAGCAGCGCCGCAGCAGCCACACGUCACCGUGGUUUCUGAUUCUGAGGUGGCCCUCUCUUGGAAACCUGGUGCAAGUGAAGGGAGCGCCCCUAUUCAGUACUAUUCCGUGGAAUUCAUCAGGCCAGAUUUCGACCAGAGUUGGACCUUAAUCCAAGAGCAAAUCCAGAUGGACUCCAUGGUUAUCAAGGGCCUCCAUCCAGAUACCAACUAUCAGUUUGCCGUGAGGGCAAUGAAUUCCCAUGGCCCCAGCCCCCUCAGCCGGCCCAGCGACACUGUCCGCACCCUCCGUCAUGAUGAAGAAGGAAGUGGCCGCUAUGGACCCCACUAUAUCACUGACAUGGGUGUCGGUGAGGAUGAUGAUGGAUUUGAAGAUGACUUAGAUUUGGAUAUUUCCUUUGAGGAGGUUAAACCACUCCCUGCUACCAAAGGAGGGAAUAAGAACUUUUUGAUGGAAACCAAGAUGACAUCUGUAUCUCACCCAAAAACCCUCUCUGGGCUUGUCCCCCCUACCUCAGCAUCUUCCCCCAUGAGUACAGUGGCUCCCCAGCCCACUCCCAUGGAGAGAAAGGGAAAGCAUAGUGUGGCCAUGAUGUCAAGGCUCUUUGAUAUGUCUUGUGAUGAAACCCUCUGCUCUGCUGACAGCUUUUGUGCCAAUGACUAUACCUGGGGGGGCUCGAGAUGCCAUUGCAACCUGGGCAAAGGUGGUGAGAGCUGCUCACAAGAUAUUGUUAUACAGUAUCCUCAGUUCUUUGGCCACUCCUAUGUAACCUUUGAACCUCUGAAGAACUCCUAUCAGGCAUUUCAAAUUACUCUUGAAUUUAGGGCUGAGGCGGAGGAUGGCUUGCUGCUCUACUGCGGGGAGAACGAGCAUGGGAGGGGCGAUUUCAUGUCCCUGGCUAUCAUCCGACGCUCUCUGCAGUUCAGGUUUAAUUGUGGAACUGGGGUUGCCAUCAUCGUAAGUGAGACCAAAAUCAAACUGGGUGGCUGGCACAUUGUUACACUCUACAGAGAUGGGCCCAAUGGGCUGCUGCAGCUGAACAAUGGCACGCCAGUGGCAGGCCAGUCCCAGGGCCAAUACAGUAAAAUCACCUUCCGGACACCCCUCUAUGUUGGUGGGGCUCCCAGUGCUUACUGGUUGGUCAGAGCAACAGGGACAAACCGAGGCUUUCAAGGCUGUGUGCAGCUGCUCGCUGUUAAUGGGAAGAGAAUUGACAUGCGGCCUUGGCCACUGGGAAAAGCACUCAGCGGAGCCGACGUGGGGGAGUGCAGCAGCGGGAUCUGCGACGAGGCCUCCUGCAUCAACGGCGGCACCUGCACAGCCAUCAAAGCCGACUCCUACAUUUGCCUCUGUCCCCUCGGGUUCAGAGGUCGACACUGUGAAGAGGCGUUCACCUUGACCAUCCCCCAGUUCAGAGAGUCUCUGAGGUCGUAUGCUGCCACGCCCUGGCCCCUGGAACCCCAGCAUUACCUCUCCUUCAUGGAGUUUGAGAUCACGUUUCGGCCAGACUCCGGAGAUGGCGUCCUUCUGUACAGCUAUGACACAGGCAGCAAAGACUUCCUGUCCAUCAACAUGGCAGGGGGCCACGUGGAGUUCCGCUUUGACUGUGGCUCGGGGACCGGUGUUCUCAGGAGUGAAGAUCCCCUCACCCUGGGCAGCUGGCAUGAGCUGCAUGUGUCUCGCACAGCAAAGAACGGCAUCUUACAGGUGGACAAGCAGAAGGUGGUGGAGGGCAUGGCGGAGGGAGGCUUCACACAGAUUAAGUGCAACACGGACAUUUUUAUUGGCGGAGUCCCCAGCUAUGAUGACGUGAAGAAGAACUCGGGCAUUCACAGACCAUUUAGUGGGAGCAUCCAGAAGAUCAUCCUGAAUGACCGAACCAUCCACGUGAAGCAUGACUUCACAUCUGGCGUGAACGUGGAGAACGCAGCCCACCCCUGCGUGGGGGCCCCUUGCACCCACGGGGGCAGCUGCAGACCCAGGAAGGAGGGCUAUGAAUGCGACUGCCCCUUGGGCUUCGAGGGGCUUCACUGCCAGAAAGAGUGUGGGAACUACUGCCUCAACACAAUCACAGAAGCCAUUGAGAUCCCACAGUUUAUCGGCCGCAGUUACCUGACAUAUGACAAUCCAGAUAUCCUCAAGAGGGUGUCAGGAUCAAGAUCAAAUGUGUUCAUGAGGUUUAAGACGACUGCCAAGGAUGGCCUAUUGCUGUGGAGGGGAGACAGCUCCAUGAGACCCAACAGCGACUUCAUUUCCUUGGGCCUUCGGGAUGGAGCCCUGGUGUUCAGCUAUAACCUGGGCAGUGGCGUGGCAUCCAUCAUGGUGAACGGCUCCUUCAACGAUGGUCGGUGGCACAGAGUUAAGGCUGUUAGGGAUGGCCAAUCAGGAAAGAUAACUGUGGAUGACUACGGGGCGAGAACUGGCAAAUCACCAGGCAUGAUGAGGCAGCUGAACCUCAGUGGAGCUCUGUAUGUGGGUGGAAUGAAGGAAAUUGCCCUGCACACUAACAGGCAGUACAUGCGAGGCCUUGUGGGCUGCAUCUCUCACUUCACCCUGUCCACUGAUUACCACAUUUCCCUCGUGGAAGAUGCUGUGGAUGGGAAAAACAUCAACACUUGUGGAGCCAAGUAACACCAGCUGGCCUUGCCCAAGGGACAGAGCUUUCUAUCCUGAGAACCCCGGGGGCCCCAGGCCCACCUGAUGCCGUACACAGAGGCCCAGGAACCAGGUGUGUUUCCUCUCAUCAAGAAGAAAGUGCACCCUGCUGAGAAGCUGAGAACCUGGGUGGCCUUUCCUGCUGACACUCCAUGGGCCUAACCCAGCAGAAUACUCUGUGUAGGAAGCAUCAGACUUUGUCCAUUGAAUGAGUAGUGGCUGCCAGAGGUCACACAUCAAUGUGAAUUCCAGAGCCUGUCUACUCUAGCUGGAGGAUCUCGAUGAUUGUGUUGUGAUUCAUAGUGCUUUAAAAAAGGGGGGGGCGGGUAGAAAAAGAAACCCACAAGGCAGUAUUAAAAUACUCCUCUCCUUCUCUGACUCAUGACACUUUUACUGACAUUAGAACGACUGUGUGACCAUGAACUUCAAAUUUCCCACCUUGGCCCAGGGAUUGUUUGGCUUGACCCCUCCUACUCCUCACUGGCUGGCUCCAUGUGCUCUGAAUAUUCAGUGAAAAUAAAGAUGGAGGGAGA